ACCGCGGCCUGGUGGGGGCUGACCCGCGAGCCCCGAGGUCCGCGCGCCUCAUCCGCGCGUUUCGCGCGGCGCCCGAGGACGUUGCUCGUCACACCUCCUUCCAAGGCCGCUGCGAACGGAGGCGUUCCGGAGUCGCGAAGCCUACUCGAAGGACCUGACCCCGCCGAACUGCUCCUUAUGGGCAGCUACCUGGGCAAGCCGGGCCCACCGCCCCCGCCCGCCCCCGACAGGCUAGGCCUGCGCCCCCCGCCGUCCGCUCGCUCUCCGCCGCCGGGCCCGCGCCUCCACCCUGUCCGCUCCCCGCUCUCCACGCAGCUCCUCGGGCCCUCCAGGAGGCCUUUCCAGCGGGACAGUGGGUCCUCAUCCAACCGUUUUGUAAUAACACCUCGCAGACGCUACCCAAUCCAGCAGGCCCAGUACUCCUUGCUGGGAGUGCUGCCCACAGUGUGCUGGAAUGGUUGUCAUAAGAAGACUGUGCUCUCUGCACGGAACUCGAGGAUGGUGUGCAGCCCAGUGACCGUGAGAAUUGCCCCUCCCAACAGCAAACUGAUGCGUUCUCCAGUACCAGAGCAGGUAGUGAACGCAGCACUGUCCUCACCAACCAGAAAUGCCCCAGACCCAUGUGCAAAGGAGACCGUCCUGAACGCCCUCAAAGAGAGGAAGAAAAGAGCUGUGGAGGAAGAAGACCAAAUCUUUGCUGAUGGACAGGAAAACAAGAGACGGCGCCAUGAUAGCAGUGGGAGUGGACAUUCAGCAUUUGAACCUCUUGUGGCCAAUGGCAUCCCAGCCUCUUUUGUUCCUAAGCCUGGAUCUCUGAAGAGAGGCCUCACUUCCCAGAGCACAGAUGACCACUUAAAUAAGCGGUCACGCACCUCUUCUGUGAGCUCCCUGACGAGCACAUGCACAGGGGGCAUCCUGAGCUCCAGCCGCAACGCCAUCACCAGCUCUUACAGCUCUUCCCGAGGCGUGUCUCAGCUGUGGAAGAGGAGUGGUCCCACGUCAUCCCCCUUUUCCAGCCCAGCCUCCUCACGCUCCCAGACCCCCGAAAGGCCGGCUAAGAAAACAAGAGAAGACGUGCCGUGUCAUCACUCCAGCUCCUCACCUCCACUCGUGACAGACACAGAGUCGCAGGGAGAAAGGGUUGCAGAUGUGGCCACACGGACGAAGCAGGGCCCCAGUCCCUCCCCCGCCACACCAAACACCUCUGGGAAGCGGAAAAGGAAGACGCCGCUGCUGCCUUCCAGGCGGGGGGACCAGCUGACCUUGCCUCCACCGCCUCAGCUUGGCUAUUCCAUCACUGCUGAGGACCUGGACAUGGAGAAGAAGGCAUCGCUGCAGUGGUUUAACAAGGCCCUGGAGGAUGCAACCGAUAACUCCUCCACCUCUGUCACCGAGACCCCACCAGCAUCAGCCCAGCCCUCCUUUACUUUCUCCCUGCCUGCUGUGGCACCAGCUUCUUCAGCAGCCUCCCCUUCAGCCUCCCUCCUGGCCUCUCCCCUGGCCUCCCUCCCAGCCCCCUCUGCUAACCCACUGUUGGAGAGCUUGAAGAAGAUGCAGGGCCCCCCAGUGCUGCCAGCCUUCCCAGAGUCUGUGAGGCCAGCGGCCUCUUCCGCCCCUUCACCUCCCAAGACGGCCAGCCCUGGCCCCACACCGCCUGCAGCCACCUUUCCUGAACUGGCCCCGGCCAAGGACACCAAGUCACCUCUCGCCUCUGUCCCUGAGCUGCCAGUCACCACCCAAGGCGCCCCUGCCCCAUCUCCUACCCCCAAGUCCAGUGUGUUGGGUGGGGUGCCCAGCAGCUCACUUCCUAGCCCUGUUGCUGCAUCCUCCUCCACCUCCAUCUCCUCUUCUUCCUUCACCACCAUGGCUGCCACCACAGCCACUGCCGCCACCGCCACUGCCACCGUUGCCGCCACCACUGCCGCCGCCAUGGCUGCUCCAGCGCCAGCCACUGUAGCUUCUCCUAUGUUCAAGCCCAUUUUUCUGGCCACUCCUAAAAGUGAGGGCACUGGCCCCUCACCACCUGUGCUCUCUGAUGACAGCACGGCUGCUCAGGCUUUCAAGCCGAUUUUUGGUAGCAUGGGGCUGCCAGCCUCCGUGUCCUCAGCCCCCCCAUUCUUGAAACCGACCACAACUACAACCACGACCACAGCGGCCACCGCCCCUGCCUUUGCCAGCCUGCCUACGGCUACCACCACCUCCAGCACCACCAGCUCAUCUGUAGACUCUGUCGCAAAGCCAGUGUUUGGCUUCGUCACACCCAGUGCAGCCAGCACCACGGGCACCGAGCCUGGCACCUGUAGCUCACAGCCGUUUCUCUUUGGGGCAACCCCCGCCUCUGCCAGCAGCUUCCCCACACCUGGGGGCCCCGUGUUCCAGUUUGGCAAGGCUCCAACCCCACUGACCCCAGCACCCAACACCUUCGGGCAGCUGCCAUCCAAUGCCACAGCUCUCCCGGCCAACAGCAGUGGCUCCACUGGCUUCAGCGGCUUCGGCAGCGGACUCACCACCUCAGCCACAGCCACAGCCACCACUAGCCAGCCCAGCCUCACCUUCAGCACCACCACCCCCGCCUUCAACAUUCCCUUUGGUUCUGGCACCAAGGCGGCACUCCCACCAUACCCAGGCGCUAGUACCCAGCCGGCAUUUGGGGCCACUGAGGGGCAGCCUCCAGGGACCACCAAGCCUGCCCUUGCCCCUAGCUUCGGCAGCACCUUCACCUUUGGGACCUCUGCGGCCCCAGCAGCAGUGCCAGCACCCACCCCUGCACCGGCCCCUGCAGCCUUUGGGACUUCUGUGCUCCCAGCUUUUGGUGCUCUGAAAGGCACAGCGUCCGCCUUUGGCGCCCCAGCCAGCACACAGCCCGCCUUCGGCAGCACCACCACCGUUUUCUCCUUUGGGACAGCCACCACCCAGACCACCAGCACUGGGACCACCAGCUCUGUGUUUGGCAGCUCCACCCCGGCCCCGUUCACCUUUGGGAGCUCCGGCACCCCAGCUGGCAGUGGGGGCUUUGGGAUCGGUGUGGCAACCCCAAGCUCCAGCUCUGGAGCCUUUGCUUUUGGAGCUGGACAGGGUGGGACCACGGGCACAUCCACCGCCUUCGGUGGUGGCUUGAGUCAGAACACCCUGGGCACGGCUGGCCAGAACACAUCCUUCGUUUUCAACGUGGCAGGCACACCUGAGAGCAAGCCUGUGUUUGGAGGCACCUCUACCCCCACCUUUGGCCAGAGCACCCUUGCUCCUGGAGUGGGCUCAGCAGGCAGCAGCCUCUCCUUUGGGACCUCCUCAACACCCACCCAAGGCUUCACCGGAGUUGGGCCUUUUGGAUCGGCGACACCUUCAUUUUCCAUCGGUGCGGGAUCCAAGACUCCAGGGGCUCGACAGCGACUGCAGGCCCGAAGGCAGCAUACUCGCAAGAAGUAGCCCAGCCCUGCCCCGGGACCCCACCCCUACCUACAUCUGGACCUCAGCACUUGCUAGGAAGAGCCUCAGAAUUCCAUAAAGCAAACCCAGCCUGGAUCUCUGGCUCCAGCAGCCAGGGAGGAGCCCAAGAGGAGGCUGGCACUGCUGGAGGAGGCGGCAGGGCACUAGCCCAGUACCUUAACCUGAACAGUCCAACAGGUGAGGCUGGUAAACUAAAGGACAUGUACAUACCGUGCGGUCCCUUCCCUGACUAUGACACCGUGUGGUCAGGCAGCUCCCACCCCACUGCUGUGGAAUGGGGACAAGGAUGACCCCUGGACUUCCCAUGUCUUGCUGCUUGGUCCUCCCCGGUUCCCCAAGCCGGGGGUUGGGGGGGGAAAUCCAUGAGUCUGGCUUUGCUGCCUCCUGUCCCACCCCCUUGUUUCAUCUCUAGUCUCUGCCAGUUUGGCUUCCUAAAAGCUUGGUGGCUCAAGACUGUUAAGCCUGUUAGAGCCAGGGGCGAGCCCUGCUCUGGGAGAGCAGCUCCUGGGUAGGCAGGACACCCAUCACUACUCCCAGCCCCCCUCCCCCCCACGUCUGCCUCUCUGGGAUUGUUUGUUCAAGCUUUGUCUUGUGUUAGUCUGAUGCUUGUGUGUUGCUCUUUGAAUCGAGUUUGGAGGAAGAACUGAGUUGUAUGUAUGGCGGCAUUUUGGUAGUGCCGGAAUUAACUGUCUCCAGCCCCCAGGGCUUACUGAAUGUGGAAAGUGGUGCCCUUGAUGCCUACAGUGCUGACUUCGUGAAUUUCCAAUGGGGUUUUCACUUGGGCUGGCAGCUGGGCUUGGGGCCCGGGAAGUGAAGACUUCGGUUGCUCCUCUCCUUCCCCAGCCUCCUUCCUUCCCUGAAGAGGUCUGUGGGCCCUGCCCAAACCCCUUCCCCCACCCCCACAGCCUUGCUGCCCUGCCAACCUCUUUGCAAGAAGUAUGAAUGCGUGUGUCUAAAUUAAAAGAAAAAAAAAUAUUUAAACAUUUUUUUAACAAGAUAAAUUUAUUUUUGUAUUUAAGCUAAAUUGCCUUUUAAAUUCCUUCAAGCUUGGUUCACUGAGGUGGUUCAGUAUAAAUGCUGUCUAGCCGUGUAGUUGGUGUAGUUCUUCUGCCUGGGUGGAGGGCCCAAGCACCUCUGGACACAUGGAGAUGUAGUUGUGUCAUAGACGAUGUGCUGUAGCUGUGACAGUCCCCUCCCCUGGUGACCAGGGUUGAAUGUUGUAUGAAGGCACUGCCCAUCUGUGUCCCUCUAUCCCAUUAGCUGGCAGCUGACUGCUUAGGCUUGGCCACAUGCAACUGAGGAAGGAGCCUGGCCCUCAAGGGCCCAACAUCUGUUGGGGAGCGGUUAUGAGCUAGACCUGAGGCUCCCCUGCACCUCAGGUCAAGACAGGCUCUUGGGUUCUGGCAUUGCCCAGGUAUACACACAUUGGUCCUGCCAGCACCAAACUAGAGGUGGCUGGGGCUUUCCACUAGAACUCAUUCCUGCCAAGUGGGGUUUUUAGUAUGAAUGUGAGAUUUUUCUCCUUGCUAUGUCAUUAAGAAUAAAAACUGUGAUCUGUC